AUGCCCAUAGGCGACGCCGAUUGCUUACCGUCAGCUUUUUUUAUAUAUGUAUUGACUGCCUCGUUGGCCAAGUGGCCGUGUGGUCGCAAGUGCGACUGCCGGGCAAGGGGUCUCGGGUUCGAUUCCCGGGUCGGGCAAAGUAUUACUGGGUUUUUAAAGAUCUCAGUAGUAGCACGGAGUCUGGAAUUGUGCCCGAUUUUCUCCUGUGUCAUGGGUGCGUUUAUAAACAUACAAGUUCACAUACACAAUGACACCCAGACCCGAAACAACAAUUUAUGGAUCACACAAAGUGUGGUCCCCCGCCACACGUUUCGCGGCAGCCGGUUGCCCAGCCACCGCACCAGUCGUGCAGGGGUGAGCCUAUUGCCAUAUACCGAGCACAAUUCCAGACUCCGUGUUAAUACUGAGAUUUUUCACGAUCACGACAGAAAACCCAGUAAUACUUUGCCCGACCCGGGAAUCGAACCCGAGACCCCCUGCCCGGCAGUCGCACUUGCGACCAAAGCCGGUAAACGAGCAGACGGAUCACCUGAUGGUAAGCAAUCGGCGUCGCCCAUGGACACCCUUUUGGGGAUUAGGAGUUUGAGGAUUGUUGGGGAUUCGGAGAUUGGGGAAGGGGGGAGGGUAGCUGGGCCUCCGGUAACCUCACUCACACGACGAAAACGUUGUUUCACGUCGGUUUUCUGUGAGGCCGUGGUAUCACUCCGGUCGAGCCGGCCCAUUCAUGCCGAAGCGUGGCUCACCCACACUUAG